AUGAAACCAAAUAAAAAUAAUAUCAUCAUGUUGAUGCUCCUACUUCUCCUGCUGAUUAAUGAUGUUCAUUGUAGACGUGGUCGUUCACGAGGACGAUCGAAAUCGAGGAUGCAAAUUGGACUGCCGAUUACAGGAAAAUAUCGAGAUCCAGAAAGUGAUCAAUAUUACAAUAACAAUGAUGGUGCAAAAAUAACUUUAGCAUCUCAUUUUGAUUUUGAAUACGUUCUGGGGCACAAAAUAGCUUUUCUUUGUCUUGCUCGUGGCAAUCCAAGACCAACAAUAACAUGGUAUAAGGAUGGUGCUGAAAUAUUCAGUCAUCUUUAUUUACAUGUUCAUCAAUGGUACAUUGGAAAAGACACAGUCAAAUCUAAAAUCGAAAUUGAUCCGGCAACACAAAUGGAUGCAGGCAUUUAUGAGUGUACAGCUGACAAUCAAUACAGCGUCGACAGAAGGAGUUUUAAAACUGAUUUCUCUAUUGCAUUUGAUUGA